CAUUGUUCGUCACUGUUCAAAUCCCAUACCUCAUUUUCAUUUCUACAUUCUCUCUAUCCACUUACCAAUCUGCAAUGGCUUUUACUUCUCUAGCUUUGCCUUCCCUGCAACUACAAUUCUUGACACAACGGCCUCCAAAAGUAUCAUCAAAACCAUACUCAAUUCACCACCCAAUCUAUGCUUCCGUAUCCGAAAGACCAUCUGCGCCACCUCCUCCGGCGACGCCGAAAAUGAAACCUCCUUCUAAACCCACCAAUCUUCCCAUUCAGAAAAUCCCAGGAAACUAUGGCCCUCCCUUAAUUGGUCCCAUCAAAGACAGACUCGACUACUUCUACAACCAAGGCACAGUCGAAUUCUUCAAGUCUCGAAGCGAAAAAUACCACUCAACAGUUUUCAGAGCCAACAUGCCACCUGGUCCCUUCAUUUCCUCCAACCCCAACGUGGUCGUUCUUCUGGACGGCAAGAGCUUCCCAGUCCUCUUCGACGUCACAAAAGUCGAAAAGAAAGACCUCUUCACAGGGACUUUCAUGCCCUCCACCGAACUCACCGGUGGUUACCGAGUCCUCUCCUAUCUGGACCCCUCGGAGCCUAAGCAUGCCAAGCUCAAGCAACUCAUGUUCUUUCUACUCAAAUCAGGGCGAGACAAAGUGAUACCAGAGUUCCACUCGAGCUUCACAGACCUCUUCGAGACCCUUGAAGCCGAACUGGCAAGCAAAGGCAAAGCAGCAUUUAGCGAUGCCAAUGACCAGGCUUCUUUCAAUUUCUUAGCUCGGUCACUCUUCGGGACCAACCCAGCCGAUACCAAACUCGGACUCGACGGACCCAAUUUGAUAGCCAUAUGGAUAUUUUUCCAACUGGCUCCUUUGAUAACCCUUGGCCUCCCAAAGUUGGUGGAAGAGCUACUCAUCCACACUUUUCCUCUCCCUCCAGUACUCAUCAAAAAAGACUACCAAAGAUUGUACGAUUUUUUCUACAACUCGUCAACAUCCAUCCUCGACGAAGCCGAGAAAAUUGGCCUCUCCCGCGAAGAGGCUUGCCACAAUCUCUUAUUCGCCACGUGCUUCAAUUCCUUCGGCGGAAUGAAAAUCUUUUUCCCCAGCAUGAUCAAAUGGAUCGGCCAUGCUGGAGCCAAACUCCACUCCCAACUCGCCGAGGAGAUCCGAUCAGCCGUCAGAUCCAGCGGCGGGAAAGUGACGAUGGCCGGGAUGGAACAGAUGCCGUUGAUGAAGUCCGUAGUGUACGAAUCGCUGAGGAUCGACCCGCCCGUGCCAUCACAAUACGGUCGAGCGAAACGGGACAUGGUGAUAGAGUCUCAUGACGCAGCGUUUGAGGUGAAAGAAGGGGAAAUGUUAUUUGGGUACCAACCAUUUGCGACUAAAGAUCCGAAGAUAUUCGAGAGGCCGGAGGAGUUUGUGGCGGACCGGUUCGUCGGAGAGGAGGGAGAGAAGAUGUUGAGGCACGUUCUGUGGUCGAAUGGACCGGAGACCGAGAGCACGACGGUGGGAAACAAGCAAUGCGCGGGGAAGGACUUCGUGGUGAUGGUGUCGAGGUUGUUGCUGGUGGAGUUGUUUCUACGUUAUGAUUCGUUUGAGACGGAGGUUGGUUCUUCAGUUACUAUAACGUCCGUCAAGAGAGCUAGUUUUUGAACGGUUGUCAUAUUUGAAUUGAUGAAAUUUCACACCAAUAUCACAUCAUGUAAAAUGUUAGGAUACAUUUUAUACUAGACCCUCCAUUUUGGGCAUACAUUAUGUAAAAUGUUUUGGGAAAUUUUUAAUAGAUAUUUCAUUUUAGAUGUGUACU